AUUUCUUUCUUUCUUUCUUUCUUUCCUCUUCUUCCAAGAAUCAAGUCUUCAAAACAGAGACGAAGAAGAAGAAGAAAGAGUUUGGAAGAAAUGGGAGAUUGCAGACCAUUGGGGUUCUUGCUGGGCCUGCCAUUUGCUUUGGUUGCUCUGCUUUUGUCUCUUGUUGGUGCUGUUGUCUGGAUCAUUGGGACUAUAUUGAGUUGCUUGUGCCCAUGCUGUGUAUGUUGUGCUGGUCUGGCGAAUUUUGCAGUGGAUCUCAUAAAGCUACCUUUCAAAAUACUUAAAUGGUUCACUGAUCAGAUCCCUUGUUGAUAUCCAAGAAAUUCAUGAUGAUACUCAUUUGCUUCUUUUCUUUCAUUUUUUUUUUUUCUGGUUUUAUAGAUUUUAUUAACUCUGUAAUUUCAUUAGUUUUUGUUAUGGAUUAUAUUGCUUUCUAGGAUUGUGGGGGUGUUGGAUUUUGGCUCUUAUUUGUAUUGGAUUUUUUUAUUAUUGAAGAAUUUGUUUUAUUGAUAAAA